GGUUGCGGGUCGGAGGCCGUGCGGCACCAUGUUGGGGAGCUGGCGGGGGCCGCUGGCGGACGGGGCUAUGGAGCGCGGGCGGCGGCCGCGGGUUACCAGAAGAUGUUUCAGUGGUGAUACCUCUUACACAAUGCGAGUUACGGAUGAAAUUCAUUAACUAACAUCCCCUCCCUCACCCUGAUCUCCAAUAGACUUCUUGUAACACUUGGAAGAAAGGGUCAGGGGAGAAGGAUUGAAGGUCACCAUGAAGCUAAAGCAGCGAGUUGUGCUCUUGGCCAUCCUCCUUGUCAUCUUCAUCUUCACAAAAGUUUUCCUCAUUGACAACUUGGACACCUCAGCUGCCAACCGGGAGGACCAGCGUGCCUUCCACCACAUGAUGGCAAACCUCCACGUGGAGCUGGACCCCCGGCUUGACCACACCUUGCAGUCCCCUUGGGAGAUUGCAGCCCAAUGGGUGGUGCCCCGGGAGGUGUAUCCUGAGGAAACACCUGAGCUAGGGGCUGUCAUGCAUGCCAUGACAACAAAGAAAAUAAUAAAAGCUGAUGUGGGAUACAAAGGAACCCAACUGAAAGCUUUGCUAAUACUUGAAGGAGGACAGAAGGUUGUCUUCAAACCCAAGAGAUAUGCCAGGGAUUAUGUAGUGGAAGGAGAACCAUACGCUGGCUAUGACAGACACAAUGCAGAAGUGGCAGCCUUUCACUUGGAUAGAAUCCUGGGUUUCCGACGAGCUCCACUGGUGGUUGGCAGGUUUGUGAAUCUACGCACAGAGAUCAAACCAGUAGCCACAGAGCAGCUUCUGGGUACCUUCAUGACUGUGGGUAAUAACACUUGCUUCUAUGGGAAGUGCUACUAUUGUCGGGAAACAGAACCAGCUUGUGCAGAUGGGGACAUCAUGGAGGGGUCAGUGACUCUGUGGCUACCAGAUGUUUGGCCUCUUCAGAAACAUCGGCACCCUUGGGGUAGGACUUAUCGUGAAGGCAAACUUGCUAGGUGGGAGUAUGAUGAAAGCUAUUGUGAUGCUGUGAAGAAGACUUCACCCUAUGAUUCAGGCCCCCGUCUCCUCGAUAUCAUUGACACUGCUGUCUUUGACUAUUUGAUUGGGAAUGCAGACAGGCAUCACUAUGAGAGUUUCCAGGAUGAUGAAGGAGCCAGUAUGCUCAUCCUCUUGGAUAAUGCCAAAAGCUUUGGAAACCCUGCCCUGGAUGAAAGAAGUAUCUUAGCUCCUCUUUAUCAGUGCUGCAUCAUCCGGGUUUCUACCUGGAACAGACUCAAUUACCUGAAGAAUGGAGUACUGAAGUCUGCCUUAAAAACUGCUAUGUCCCAUGACCCCAUCUCACCAGUGCUUUCGGACCGGCACCUGGAUGCCCUGGACCAGCGACUUGUCAGCAUUCUGGCUACAGUGAAGCAGUGCACAGACCAGUUUGGGACAGAUGUUGUGCUGGUGGAAGACAGGAUGACACUGUCUCAUUUGUAAUUGUAGUGGAACAUGGAUGAAACUCCUUUUUUUUUAAAAAACAAAACAAAACAACACAACAAGCAAGUAAACAAAAAACCGAUAGAAAAACAGCACAAUCAGUCCCAAAAGGCUGUGGCCAAGGUGGACUGAAAUGAACAGGAAAGCUUCCCAGCCAGAAACCAGAGGUGACACUGGCUUUUACCUUGGGCUGACAGCAGUGAGAGGUGGGAAGCUUAGAGCCUUGGAUGGCUCAGUAUCCAUAACGGCACCUUGGCUGUUGUGGUGUGUCCAUUGCUGGCAGUGGACAUGGCAAUGGAGAAAAAUGGCUCUUGGUGUUGUUGAAAGUGUGUGGAACACUAAUUUGUGGACUGAAUCAAGAGGGGACAAACAGAGAUGAACAGUAUAGUCUUCUCCCAUUCUCUUUCCCACAUAUACUCUUGUGAGUGUUUGUCUUAUUCAGGGUUGUAUAUAAUCAGCUGGGAGCUGGUUAGGCAUUUUACUGCUUCUUCAGAGAAAGAGGAAGUGGUGAAUAAAAUAAUUAUUAGACUGAAGAGUUAUGCCACCCCCUCGAGGGUGGGAUGUUCUUCAGAAUGCCAUUAGGGGUGAGAGAGGGGACCUCUGCUGCUCAGUUGUCCUUUCCUCAAUAAAAGUCUGGGAAGGCAAUUUGCCUCAUAUGUGAUAAUGCUUCAGUGUUUUUGCUGAAGCCUUAUCAAAGAUUUAUACACAGGGUUGGAGAUUUAAGGGAGGACAGGGUGGUUAUACAGCACUUGGUAAUUAAGGGUUUAAAGUAUCUAUGUGUCCGGUCACUGUUUUCCAUUUAUAAGGGAUCUGACAAGGUCUGAAUAGAAAAAAUAUCCCUGCAGUCCUGUGUCCAUAUUAACCAAAUUUUCAUUAUAUUGUAGCUGAAGAGGAGGAGGACAGAAUCUGUCUUUGGAAGCAGGUUGCAGUUAGUGAGGUCAUGCUGCUUACCUUUGCCUUGUUUACUGAGGGGAACCUGCAGGUAUUGUACUGGGAAAAGAGGUGUCUUGCUGGGCUUCCCCAGAAACCAUCAGCUGUGGGCUAGGCCCUGAAGGAUGGAGAGAACCCUGAGCUGUGCACUUACUCCAUCUCACAUAGAGAGUGCUGCUUGAUGUUGUAACCACAGCAGUUUUACAGUCCCACUGUCUACCUGACCUAACUUGUAGCCGAGCUCUGAAGCUGUGAGCAUUUCCAGUAAGUUUUCUGCCUUCCCCAGCUGCUUGCUGCAACCCCCAGUGCCAUGUUCUGACAGGGAUGGUGAUCCUGGGGUUCUCACCCCUAAUGAUUUUGCCAUAGAUAGGGGAGAGUUGGGUUAAGUUGGCUUUUCAGGGCAGACUUGUAACACUCAUCUUCUGCUAGUCCUGUCAUCCUUAAGCACUGCAUCAGUCUGCACUGCAGAUGAGCUUGUGGCCACAAAACUUGUGGUAGGUCUGAAUCUCUGCCUCCAGAAGGAGAGCAGCUUCAUCAUUAUGUUUUCAAAUUUAACAGCUUUGCAUCAGUGUGCAGUUCAGACAGUAUGGACCUUGGAAGUAUGGAAAGAGCUCAAUUCCCAAAGUGAUUUUGUGUUACCAGACUUGAGAGCAAGACCAGCAAAAUGUCAAUUAAAGGCCUUUUCCUUCAUUUGUCUGCCAAGGAACAGACAAAUCUUUCUAGCUCUGCAGUCAUGUGACAGAAGGAGAGAGAUCUUUCCUGUUCUGUACCUGCUGCCAUACCUGAUCAAAGAUGUGUUAGUGAGAGAGUUUAUUUUUUAAAUGCAGUUUUAUUUUGUCUUCUUGUCACUGCCUGAGCAGAGUAUCUUGAAAGUGGAAUUUGACUGUUUACCCUGAAAUUGGGUUUUGUGUUCUUCUCUUCUGGAUCUCUCUGGAUGUGACCACAUCACAGACCUGCCCCACAGUCAGGAUGGGAUGUGGGGUUAUUCAUUUGGUUAGAGCUCAGCACAGUGACACAGCCAGCUUUUAGGACACUGGUGUUAAGCCUGUGCCUAUUUAAUGCUGUGUACCUGAUAAUACAGCAUGUGCUCUCAAAGCCAGGAGCCUUUGGUGGUUAGGGAAUGCUUUUUUUCUAAAGCAAAAUAGAUUCAGACUGAGGUUUUUUUGCAUAAAUUGUUUCUCUGGAGAUUGGAGAUGGUUUACACAAAGGGAAGACAGUGAAGCACAUGGUUUGUAGCAUUUUAAAAAGCAUGUUCUUCUCUUUGCACUUAAUCAUGAGCUCUUAGUAGUUUGGGAAGGAUCUACCAAAAUGUGAUGUUUUGAUUUCUGUAUUGAUCACUCUUGAUUGUUUACAUUUAUUUAACAAUGGAUUCCAAAAAAAGUCUUUCUUUCUUUACAAAAUAAAAUUAGUGUUCAGGACUUAAGCAUUGCUUGUUCACAGGGCUCUAAGCUGAAUCUUUUGCCAUCAGGUGGAACCUGGGGUUAUGUUUUUUUCCCUGGUACAAAUGUCAAAGAUUGAAAGUAGUGUAUGGGUUUACUUGUAAGCAAAGGGUCUGAAGUUCAGCUUCAUCAAAAGGAAGAAGCAAAGAACUGUUGGUUUUUUUCUUCUUUUUUUGAUCUUUUUAUACUUCUUGUCAAUGUAAACACCACUGGAGCUUGGUGUUCUGCAGCAGGAAGAAAGAUUAAAUUUCUCUCUUACAUGAAAUCAGGAAGAUCUGAUUUUUGGUCUUGUGAUAAUCCCUGGCAUUUCAGCAGUGAUCAUUGUUUAGCUUGAAUACAGAACCCUGAGCAAUUUCAAAUUGUAACCAUCACAGAGGAAGCCAGAAGCAGCAUCCACACACAAACAGGGUUGGCUUGAAUCUCUGAAAAACAGCAUAAUUUGCAAGGCAGGUGUUACACUCGGUGAGAUUUUUGUGACAUCUUCUAAUUCUUGUUCACUGUGCACCUGUAAUCUGCUAGCCCCAGAUGUUACAAAAUGGUUGUGUUGCAGACAUCAGUAAUAUCAGAGUGCUUGAAGCAUAGAAAUCAAGAACUAAUUAAAAAGAAAGCAUCAUCAACCAUCUGCUAUUUAUCUCUUCCUUCCUAAGUCAGUAGUCAGGCUGGAGACACUGAAGUCAGCUCCUCUUCCAGCAGCUAAUGAACUGGAGUGUGUCUUGCCAAACAAACUUCAACUGAAAAAUACUAAUUUAUUAAGAAGGUAAUUUAUUUGCUGUGGCAGCUGGAGCAGGAUGCUCAAAACAGAACCCCUCUUGGAGCUGUCAGAGGAUUGCCCCUGGGAACAGAUGCACAAAUGGAGGUUGCUAAUAAGAAAACAGAAUGCAAUCAUGACUUUUUACUUGUAUCCCCCAGGGUCAGAUCCCACAUAAAGCAACGUUGUGUGAAUAAAGAUUUUAAUAAAGCAACAUUUAUAGAUUGUUUAA